AUGGGCUGCAAACCAAACUUUGAUUCACCAAUAAAUUCACCAUCAAAGAAAAUCAAAUUCACCAAGCACCAGACUCAAACCCAGGAAUUAAUCCCACACCUUCCACAGGAAAUCAUAGAAGAAAUCCUCUCGAGGUUGCCAGUCAAGUCUCUUUUGAAAUUCAGUUGCGUUUCAAAAUCAUGGCUUUCUUUGAUCUCCACCCCAAAUUUCAUUGAAACCCAUCUACAAAAUUCGUCCCACCACAGAAUAUUAUUAACCAUUGAUGAUCCCUACACCGACUCGCCUGAUUACCUCCAGAACUGUUCUUUACAUUCCUUGCUGUAUAACCCAGUCACUGACGCAAUGAAUAUUCCAUGGGAUUGGGACGAAUUUUCGGUUGUGGUGGGUUCUUGUAAUGGGCUGGUUUGCAUUGCUAAGCGUUUUGAUAAACUAUUCUUGUGGAACCCUAGUACAAGAAAAUCCAGGAGGCUGCCAUUUUCUGUGGUGGAGAUGUUUUUUAAUGACGAUAUCUAUGAGUUUGGUUAUUUUACGUAUGGGUUUGGUUUCGAUGAAUCAACUAAUGAUUAUAAGAUAGUGAAAUAUUUUUGCUAUGAACAUUUGACAUUAGUAAUGAUUUAUAGUUUCAAAACCGAUUCUUGGAAACAUAUUGAGGAUUUUCCGGGGCGUCCAAUCAAGAACACUGCCAAGUUUGUGAAUGGAAAGUUUUAUUGGAUUGCUAGUCAUUUGCUUAGAAUCAACAUUGUUUCUCUAGAUAUAGAGACACAAAGGUUUGAAGAAAUCGAACUUCCACAGCUUUCCGAACCUGAUAAUUAUAAACAUCUGACAUUAGGAGUGUCGGGAGAAUGCCUUAGUAUGCUUAUAAAUUAUGAGAAGUACGGGGAUUUGUGGAUUUUGAAGGAACGGGCUUGGAGUAAAGUGGUUAACAUUCCUUUCAUCGUCGAUGAUACCAAGAUAUUUGAACAGUCUUGGAAUAAAUUGUUCACCAUUCCUUUCGACAUCAGUUAUCCCGGGAUUUUUGAGGAAUGGACACCAUUGUACAUGCUAAAUAAUGGGGAGAUUUUGUUAUUAUUUGGAACAAUUUUUAUAGUUUACAAUCCCAAGGACAAAGGUCUAAGGUGUCCUAUUAUUAAUAACUUUACUCCUUGUCUUAAAGCGAAUAUUUAUGUUGAAAGCUUAGUUUCACCGAUGGACAUGGGGCACACAUAG